AUGGCAUCAGAUAAUGAAAUCAAUGAUUGUGAUUAUUAUUCAGAAGAUUAUUUUUAUAUUUAUGAUCAAAUUACUCUAUUUGAAUCUCGUCAAUCAAUGAAAAAUAGAAAAACCAAACGAAAAAUAAGAAAAUCAUUAUGUUCAAUACCAACUCGAACUCUGAAAUCAUUUCCAACAAUUGUCAAAGGCAGAUGUAUGAAUCAUAGUCAAACUUCAAAAGCAGAAAAGAAAUCAUUUCGAUAUGAUCGUUAUCCAAAGGAACCAGUAAUUUUCGAAUGUGAUCGAGUAUUUAAUGUGGUAGAACAAGAACCAACAUUAACUUCCACAUCUGCGUCAAAUUCAGUGUCAAAGAAAGAAAAAAAAUUAAUCAAACGUCAAGUAAAACAACAAAAUGUAAAUAAAUUGAAAAAAACCAAUGGUUCACAAUCCAUGAAACCAAUUAACUAUAAGGAACAAUUUGAUGUUAAACAAUUAACCGACUUCUCAUCAUUUCGUAGUCUUUUUUAUCAAAUGACUCAUCAUCUAAUUAAAACUGCAUUCGAUCAUCUACAGUGUAUUAAAAUCAUUGAUAUUCGUCUUGCAUCUGUAGAUGAAUUUGAUCAAGAUCAGUUUAUAAAGAUAUUGAGAACCUAUACAUAUUUUCCACAAUUGGUAUAUUUCGGAACAGAAAUCAAUGACAUGAUAAGUAGGUAUCGUUAUAGUUUAUUAAGACCAUUUAAAUCUUAUCAAAGAGAUUCAAAAGAAUCGAUUUACUGUACACGUGUUACCCAAACCGACGAUGGAAGUAUUUUUUGCAAUUCAAACACCAUAUAUACUUUGACACGUCCACGUCCAAUCAAUACAUUGUUAGUAUGUGCAGCUUUACCAGAACGAUCCGGAUCAUAUACAAGAAUGGAAUAUUUACAUGAUGAUAUAGUUUUAAGAGAAAAAUCAAGAAGUAUUCCAUUGUUUUUACUUGAUGUAACACGUUCAGACCGGAUAUAUUCAAAUUAUCCUUCGUUUGAUUAUCAAAAAUCAACAUCAAUAAAUCAAAAGAAGAAAUUAACUAGAAAUAAUGUUGUUUCGAAAAAAUAUUUAAGGAAAGUGCUUCGUUAUAUGAAUGAUAAAGCACGAAUAAAUGAUCUAUAUCAAAUACGACAGGAUCAAUGGAAUUAA